AUGAAACGGUACAAUCGACAUAUAUCGAACACAUCAUUGAAGAGGGAGAAGGCGCCGCCGCAGAGGGAUGACGCUGCAGCAAAGCUGAUGGAGGAAGCCCCGAUAGACGACAGUAGCAAAGCAGAAGGGCAGGAAAACGAAGACAGUAGCGAUGGCGCCGCCGCAAAACUUGAGGAAGAAGCCCCUACAGCUGAAGAGGAGAAAAAAGAUGAAUAUGCGCGGUUAAAAUGCAAGACGCAUCGCUAUCUGAUGAAGUAG